AUGUUGAAUCUCUUCAUCAAUAUCCGCGUUGGUGGACAAGUGGGAGCCGAGAUACUGAAAGGCCAAAAAGUGCAUACGCUUCUGCGUAAGUGUUCAGGAUCUCGUCGGCCAGGAGAAUCCCAAAGGAGCCUCCAAAACCCCAAAGAAGCCCCCAAAGCCCCAAAGAAGCCCCAAGAACCCCAGAGGAGCCCAAGAACCAGAAAUGAGCCCCAAGAACCCCAAAGGAACUCCAAGAACCACAAACGAGCCUCAAGAACCCCAAAGGAGCCCUCAAACCCCAAAGGAACCCCAAAACCCCAAAGGAGCCCAAGAACCCCAAAGAAGCCCCCAAAACCCCAAAGGAGCCCCAAAAACCCCAAAGAAGCCCCCAAAACCCCACAGGAAUCCCACAGAAGCCCCAAGAAUCCCAAAGGAGCCCCAAGAACCCAACAGGGACCCUAUGAACCCUACAGGAAUCCCACAUGA